AUGGCCGAUCCGUCGGUGAAAAACCACCGACCGACGAAAAUGGUGGCCCAAGAGGAGUUGUUGAGGAGGAGGAACGAGGAAUUGGAGAGAGAGUUGAAGAGGAGUCUGGAAAGAGAAGAGAAGAUGAAAACGGAGUUGCAGAAGACAUGGGAGAGGCUGCGCGUGGCGGAGGAAGCCGAGGAACAUCUUUGUUCGCAGCUUGGGGAGCUUGAAGCCGAGGCCAUGGAUCAAGCUUGUGCGUACAGAGAACGCCUGAUGACGUUAAUGGAACAGCUUUCGGCUGCUCAGAAGCUCAUCCAAUCGGCUUCCGUUCAGAUACCAUCAAUGGAUUUGUAA